AUGGUCCUUGUUAAGAUCUUAAAAGGAGUUCAAGGCGUCCUACGUGUCGUAUGGGGUCUAUACAAAUCUCCUUCGACAUUUACUUCGCCGACUAUGACAACGAUUAAUGAACAGCAGCCUCAACUCCCAGCUAACGGUACGGGUGACUUCGUGUAUGGGAAAGGCUUGGAAGGAGCAGUGGUUGAUAGUGUUGCUAGAAGGAUCAUUGGGAAUAAAGGAAGCAAUAUGAAGAGGAUAGUUGGGCUGUCUAACGCUAAGUUACGUCUGAGAGGACAGGGAUCUGGAUACCUAGAAGGGACUCUUAGACGAGAGUCCCCCGAUCCUCUACAUCUGUGUAUUAGCUGUGUUACUAGGGAAGGGUAUUUGGCUGCAGUGAAGGAAACGAAGACACUUUUGAAGCGGGUGUAUGCGGAAUGGAGGAACUUCCAAAUUAAAAGAGGAAGGGGAGAUCCUGGGAUGAUUGGCAUUCAGAUGAAGGAGCACUUUCUUACUGGUCCAUCAUCAACUAUUCGUGGAGGCGGCACCCAGAUAUUUAAUACUUAUAGUCCCAGACGAUUCGGAUCAUCAUCCCCAGUAAGUGAGAAGAAGGAUCUUUAUUCAUCAAGAACUACCAUGAGGAGCAAACGUCACUGAGGCGCUGAUUUAUGUGGAAGCGUUUGUAACCUUAGUGGUAUUAUUAUAAGAGUGAGAUCUUUGCUGCACUUCACCGCCAUCGUGACACACUCGAGUGUAUCAUAAUAAUAACAUCAUCAUCACUACUGCUGAAAUUGUGAAGAUGUCCAAAUCUGAUGUCAACAACACUGUUGUUGGAUACCCUUUGUGGUAAGUUAUGAUAAGAAUUGUUGUAAAUAUGAAGACGGCUUGAUGAUAAUGAUAAUAAUAACUAUUAUUUUUAUCGUACCGCUCCUUGGCCAUAUCAUCGU